AUGGCAGACGUACUAGGAGAAGCAGGUGGAACUCAAUGUUCCAGUCCACGAAAAUUACCCGAGAUGACACCCUAUACAGAAAUACACGACAUAACAGCAGUCAGUGGUGUCAGUAUGAAGCAGUAUGAAGAGCAGUUAAAUGCUUUCCGAAAAGAAAAUUUCCAUCUUAAAUUGCGUGUUUAUUUCCUGGAAGAAAAUUUGGGUAAUGGAUGUCCGCCAGCUGUCCAAGGUCUUUUAGAACACAACGUGAGGCUGCAAGUCGAAGUAGAAGAACUGAAAAGACAAUUGUGUGAUAAACAAGAACUAUUGGCGGCUGCCGCUGAAGUUAUUGAUGUUUUGGAGAAUCAGGGUUCAACUGAAAAUGCAGAAGCUUCUAUUAAUAACAACAGCAGUAUUCAAAAAGACACAAAUGAGACACGGACUAUUGAGAAUAAGAGCCACAAGGAAACUGACACUUAUAUAGAAUCGGAAUCGGCUGGGGAAUACUUAGCUGUAACAAUCAACAAUGACGAUUUAGAUCAACAAGCAAGAUUGAAAAAGGAGAAUCGCAAGGCUUUGCAAAUGAUCAAGGAAUGCAUGAAGAAAAUUCAGCAGCAGGACAAGGAAAUUAAAAGGCUGAAAUUGGAUAAGGAGCUAACAUAUGCUCAUGUAAGUGAUGCACAACUUGAGAAAUAUGAAGAGAUAAUUAAAUGUAAAGACAAACAUAUCAGUGAUUUGGAAAAUAAAUUACGACAAUUGCAAAGCAGUAGUGUUUCUGGGCAGGGUAACUCAGGCAAUUUAGAACGAGUACUAACAAAGAGGUUACAAGAAAUGGCGCUAUUCCUGGAUAAACUUUUGUCUCACAAGUGUGUUCUCGGAGAUGAAAAGAAAAAGCUUGUAGAAAGUAUUAUGGAACAAAGCUUAGCUCUCCCUGUUGGAUUAAAACUUGAUGAAUCAGUGACCCCAGAAGACUUAGCAAUGGAUGAAACUAACUUUGAUAUAUCGCAAUCUCUACGACUAGAAGAUUUAACGCUCAUGUUUGGACAUCAUUUAAAUUGUAGCGACGACAGUAUUGCAUGUCGUUCUAGAAAACUUCAACAACCAUUUCCACAGGCAGAUGCCGUUUCUGAAUCUGAAUGCUGGUCGGAACCCGAUAGAAACGUGUCUCUGGCUAGAGUCGGACUAUCCCAAACCGGUGCUUUUGAUAAGGAAUCAGUUUCAGAGAACAACAGAUAUAGUAGAUCUAGAAGGUCGCGUAUUUCUUUCGGAUCACGAGCGGAGGAGGGUAGGAACAAUAAUCAAAGCAUAAUGGAGCAGGUGAAUGAUUUAACAAAAUAUAGUCAAGAACUAGAAGAAGAAAACAGGGAACUCAGGAAAAAAAUUGAUUUAACAUUGCAACAAAUUCAAGAUGUUGAAAAUGAAAGAGACGACUAUAAAAGUGCCCUCGACACGGAACGCUCUAAUUUAAUGGAAGCAAAUAGUAAACUGGAAUCUAUAAAACAAACUGUUCUUAUAUUAGAAGCGCGUAUUAACGAAAAUGAGAAAUACAUUCAGUCUAAUAACCACUUGAUUGAAAAAUUGCGUUCAGAGAAAGAGGAGUUAGAGACCACAUUCUUAGAGAGUGAACGCUCAUUGCGCCGAGCUGCAGAUGAAGCGACUCUCCAAGCAUCGCAAGCCGCACUUGAACGAGCGCGAGCGCAUCAUGAAAAGUUACGCAUUGAAAGAGAACUGGAGGAAACUAGGGACAAGCUAUCAGCUGCUCUUGAAGCUCAUUCACAGCUAGAAAUGGAACUAACACGUAGGAUACCCUUAGAAGCCGACAACAAAGUUGUAGAAUACUAUGAAGGUGGCAUUUCAGAAGAAGAUCGACCAACUUCACCGGACCAAGGAAUAGACAGUGAUAGACUCUCAAGUUUAGAGCAUGACCCCCAUAAUCUAUCACCACGUAAAUUAUACAAGGAAAACAUAACAUUGAAACAGAAACUUGCAAGGACCAAAGCGACAUUAGCCGAGGCAUUGACACAACUGCAUUCUGGAAACAUGCUUAAACAGAAUGCUCAACGCGCUAUUUGCCUGCAAAUACACAAAGCGCAAGGGGUCCUUCGUCUAGCCCGAGACGAACUUGAAAAAAAUAAAAAUUGA